GCAAUACUCGUGGGAAAUUUGUUGAUAAGUGAUUAACUUUCGAUUAUUGUUCCGUUUUUUACAAUACCAAUUAGAUUCUUAUUAGUUUUACGUUUUUAAUGAAAAUCUCUACAAUUUCCCGUGCAGUGAAACAGAUUUAUGUUUUAGUUUAGCUCAUAAUUUGAUUAGAAGAAAACAUCUUUAUCAGUUUUUGACAUCUGUCAAUAAAAUGUGUGACGUUUCGCGUUGUUGAAAAUCGCGAAAUUUGUAAAUUUACUUCUACCUUUAUUUUGAAAAUGUAUUAUCGAAGUUACGACCUCGUGGUUAAAUGAAAGAUUGCUUAUUUAUUUAAACUUUAAGUUAUAACAUUAAUCUAAGCCAAAAUGACAACGAAAGAGCUUUACACGAAGGAUGCCCGCAUCUGGGUGGAGCACCCUGAGAAGGUUUGGGAGAGCGCCACGGUGACGUCGGACUACAGGUCCGGGACGCUGAUUGCUAAGAUUGACCAGAGUGGCGAGAUACGGCAGAUCAAGAUCAAAGAUGAAAGCCACAUGCCGCCAUUACGCAAUCCCUCGAUCCUGAUUGGUCAGAACGAUCUGACGUCUCUCUCAUACCUCCACGAGCCAGCUGUACUGCAUAAUCUAAGAGUCAGAUUUUGCGACCGCAAUGCCAUCUACACAUACUGCGGGAUCGUCCUCGUGGCCAUCAACCCCUACUGUGACUUGCAAAUCUACGGUGAUGAAACAAUCAUGGCGUACCGCGGGCAGGCCAUGGGGGACCUGGACCCGCACAUAUUCGCCGUCUCCGAGGAAGCUUACACCAAGCUGGAGAGGGAGCGGCGGGACCAGAGCAUCAUAGUAUCCGGCGAAUCAGGCGCGGGUAAGACGGUGUCCGCCAAGUACGCCAUGAGAUAUUUCGCGGCCGUGGGGGGCAACGCUACUGAAACGCAUGUGGAGAAAAAAGUGCUGGCUUCCAACCCUAUUAUGGAGGCAAUAGGCAACGCCAAAACAACGCGCAACGACAACUCCUCCCGUUUCGGCAAGUUCAUCGAGAUCCACUUCGACAGCCAGUACCGGAUAUCCGGCGCGAGCAUGCGGACCUACUUGCUGGAGAAGUCCCGAGUGGUCUACCAGAGCGCCGGCGAACGGAACUACCAUAUAUUCUACCAGCUGUGCGCGUCGGGGCUGCUGCCUGAAGCACAGCUAGACCAACAGGAGACAUUCCACUACUUGAACCAAGGCGGCAGUCCGAAGAUAGACGGCGUCGACGACUUGAAGACAUUCCAUGAGACCAGACACGCGUUGACCACGCUAGGUGUGACCGAGAGCCAACAAAAGGAGAUGUUCACUAUUUUAGCAGCCAUCUUGCAUCUGGGCAACAUCAGACUGAUCGAGAAGUCAGACGGGGGCGAAGACGGGGCUUUCAUUGAUGCUAAUGACAAGCAUCUAUCGCUAGUGUGCGACUUACUGCAAGUGUCUAAAACGGAACUGGAGCUGUGGCUCACGCAUAGACGAAUAGAGUCGGCUAAUGAAGUCAUCGUUUCGAGAAUGGAAGUAACAAACGCAGCGUUCGCCCGCGACGCAUUAGCUAAGCGUCUCUACGGAGAACUGUUCGCGUGGCUAGUAGCCGCCAUCAACAGGGCUCUGGAGACCAAACACACGAGGAAACAUUUCAUUGGUGUCCUCGACAUAUACGGCUUCGAAACGUUCGAGAUAAAUUCCUUCGAACAGUUCUGUAUAAACUACGCGAAUGAGAAGCUCCAACAGCAGUUCAACUCACACGUUUUCAAGCUAGAGCAGGAUGAGUAUAUUAAGGAAGAGAUCUCCUGGACAAUGAUAGACUUCUACGACAACCAGCCGUGCCUAGACCUGAUCGAGGACAAGCUAGGUGUCCUAGCUCUUCUAGACGAGGAGUGCCGAGUGCCGCAGGGCAGCGACGCGCGCCUCGCCGCCAAGCUCCGGGACAAGUGCCGGCAGUACCCGCACUUCGCCGCGCCCCGGUUCGCCACUUCCGCCUUCAUAAUCAAGCACUUCGCCGACGAUGUCGAAUACCAAUGCCACGGGUUCCUAGAGAAGAACCGCGACACAGUGUCGGCGCAGCAGCUGCGGUGUGUCCGUGGAGGCAACCUGCGAGUGCUGGCAGAGCCGCCUGAGACAGACACGCACACGCUCUCCGUCAAGCAAGACACCGCCCGCCGUUCCUCCGGCCAGAAGUCCACAGUGGGGUCCCAGUUCCGCGCCUCGCUCUCCCUCCUGAUGGCGACUCUCUCCGCCACCACCCCGCACUACGUGCGCUGCAUCAAGCCCAACGACCAGAAGAGGGCGUUCCAGUUCCAGCCGCGCCGCGCCGCCAUGCAGCUGAGGGCGUGUGGUGUGUUGGAGACCAUCAGGAUAUCUGCGGCCGGGUUCCCCUCGAGAUGGCUUUAUCAAGACUUCUUCUCAAGGUACCGCCUACUCGGCGCCCACAAGGACAUAGACCGCUCAAACAUGAAGGCGACUUGCACGAAGAUAUUAGCGAAACAGAUCAAAGACCCGGACAAGUACCAGUUCGGAGCCACCAAGAUAUUCUUCAGGGCUGGACAGGUAGCCUACCUAGAGAAGAUCCGAGCCGAACUUCAACGCGCCUACUGCGUCAGAGUACAGAGCUGCGUCAGACGCUUCGUGGCGCGACGCCGUUACUUGCGCAUUCUGAACACUGUACGAGGGUUGCAGGCCCGAGGUAGAGGGUUACUGGCUAGGAGGAAAGCCCAGCAAAUCCGCCGCACCCGCGCCGCAAUAACCAUCCAGCGGUACUGUCGCGGCUACAUCGCACGGCAACGCUACCUGUUGCUACGUCGCAGGGUUGUUGGGCUACAGGCGUACUGUCGCGGAUAUCUGGCUAGGCUGCGAGUGCGGCAUGCUAAGGAUCAUAUGCAUGCGAUCACACUUCAGCGAUACAUACGCGGAUACCUCGUCCGGGACAAGGUGAAGAAGAUGCGCCGACAAAUAGUAGUCGCCCAGGCUGCUAUUCGUCGCUUCCUAGCCCGCCGCCAGUACAAGAAACUCCGCAUCGAAGCCCGAAGUCUGGACCACGUGAAGAAACUCAACAAGGGGCUGGAGAACAAGAUCAUCAGUCUACAGCAGAAGCUGGGAGAUGCUAACGACAAGGCGAGGAUGAUUGAGCCGCUGCAGAAGACUAUUGAGAAUUUGAAAACAAGACUAGAAGCCCUAAGACCUUUAGAAAUAGAAGUGAAAUCACUCCGCGAGGACCACAGAGAAAAGGACAACCUACUCGCAGCCUUACAGCAAGAGCUAGCGAGUGAGCGAGAGAGCAAUAAGACACUCAGGACCGAGAAGAAGCAUAUUGAAGAGACGUACAAGAAAGAGAAGGUUGUUUGGGAGGAGGAGAGUGAGAAACUAGCGAAAGAGCUGAGAAGCAAUAAGGAGCAUUAUGAUAUGGAGAGGGAAGAACGCGACAAACGCCACGAAGCCGAGAAGAAGGCCCUUUGUGCCGAGCUGGAGAUAGAGCGGCAGAGCCGGCAGAAGCUCCUAUCUACGCAGUACGAGCUGCAGGAGAGAUUGGAUAACCUCCAAAGAGCGCCAGCCCCCAAGGAGCACAGACGGUCAUUGUCUAACGUGAGCAGCGUCUCGCAAGCGGAGACCGCCGUCGUCGAAGAUGACUAUGGCUACGGGUCGGUGCGUUCAGUGGAGUCAGCGCGCGGGGCUCUUGAGGCGGUGAACUGGGCCGCCGGCGCACCCAACAGCGGUACUACUGCCCCUGUAGCGGACGCAGGCUUAGUGCUUCGCAUGCAAAACCGUUUAGCCGCGCUACAGAGCGAACUGUCGCGCACCACACAACGCGCUGCCGACUUGGAGGAGAGACUUCUGACCCGCCUCCAAUCAUCCCCAACGAACCCCAGCAUCGACAGAUACAAGGUGGAAGAGCUUGAGAUCGAGAACAAGAAGCUGCGGGAACACCUGGAGCGGCUGAGAGCUUCUGGAGACAGCUUGCUGCUGUCUAAGGAGGUUAUCGAACAAAUGGGCGUGAUGCAAGAGGAACUGGACAGGAGACGGGACGAGUGUAUUCAAUUGAAGAGCGUGCUCACUAACCAGAAACCAUGGUAUCAAAAAGCACUCAAAAAUGUUACGGUGAACCUCAAGUCGCUGGCCACGUCCAACUACGGGGCCGAUGUGGACAUCAUCAACGAGGAUGGGGAGUUAGCUUCGGCGUAUGAAGCGCAGAAGGGCAUUAAUAGACAACUACAAGAGGAGCUGACAGCGGAAAAGAAGUUCUAUUCCGAACACAUAUCUGAAACGAAGGCAGAAAUUACCCGCCUGAGGGAAGAAAACGAGAAAUACCAGAAGUUGCUGAGCGCAGAUCUGAGUCAAGACACGAAGGGCCGGGCGACGGAGUUCGCCCAGAAUGAGAUCACUAAACUGGCUGCUGAGACCUUGGCUUUACAGGAGCGCGUAGAGAAGCUAUCAGAGAGCUGCCGUCGCUACAAGAACCAGAUCCGUCUACUUGUCGCCAAGCUGAAGGAGUUGGGAGUGGAGGAUAUUGACACGCUUAUAGAGAGCAAUGAAGUGUCCCUAGCACCUCAAAACCAGUCCAUAGGGCUUGAAGUAGCCCCCGUGAGCCGCAAAAAAGAACGCGACUACCUCGGCAUGUUCGACUAUAAGAUACAGGACGAGGCCAAGAUCGUGCGCAGACUUAUCACCGACCUGAAGCCCCGAGUAGCCAUAACCCUGCUUCCCUGUCUGCCCGCCUACAUACUGUUCAUGAUGCUGCGACACAUGGACCAUGUAGACGACGAGCCUAAGAUGCACCAGCUUAUGAAAGCGGUGCGCAGCGGAGUAAAGAAGACCCUGAAGAGACAACCCGACAGCGUCGAGUACAAGACUCUGUGGCUGGCUAACAUGCUCAGACUCCUAAACAACCUGCGGCAGUACAGCGGCGACGCCAUCUACCAGACGUCCAACACCCCGCGGCAGAACCAGCAGUGUCUGCGAGUGUUCGACCUCAGCGAGUACAGACAGGUGCUGAGCGACACCGCCGUCUGGAUCUAUCAGAGCCUAAUAAACCUCCUCCAGCACAACCUCGAGCGGCUGAUCUUCCCCGCCAUCCUCGAACACGAGGAGAUCAGCGGUCUCGGCGUGGGACGCCCCUCGCCUCCCGCCGCGGCGCCCGGACCGGCUAGAUUGAAGCAUGAGCUGACGUUGUUACAGCACCAGCUGACUAGGGCGUCGGUUCCGAAACCGCUGCAUACUACUGUGUUCAAGCAGCUAUUCUACUUCAUCUGCGCCUACAGCCUCAACCAACUACUUCUCCGCCGAGACCUCUGCUGCUGGGCCAAAGGGCUGCAGAUACGAUACAACAUCUCGCAUCUAGAGACCUGGGUCAAGGAGAACAUGGCUGAACACGGACAGAAGACCGUGGAAGAGAUCCUGCACCUCCUGAAGCCGAUCACUCAAGCCGUGCACCUGCUGCAAGCGCGCAAGUCCAUGGCGGACGUACAGAGCACCGUCGAGAUGUGCGCCGACUUGAAUGUCAUGCAAGUUUGUAAGAUCCUGAACAUGUACACCCCGGCGGAAGACUACGAGGUGAAAGUUACAAAAGAGUUCAUCCACGAGAUACAGCGCAGCAUGCUGGAGCGAAACCCGCAGGGCGCCGACAAGCAAAACCUCCUAAUGGACUUGAAGAUGAUAUUCUCCGUAAUGUUCCCAUUCGACCCGUCACCCAUCCGUCUAGAGGACAUCGAGCUACCAGAAGUACUAGGUCUCCAGGAUCUACUAACUAAGAUCUAGAUCUGUAUCUAAUACUAGUACAGUUUGGAGCAAAGACAACUGACCCCUAAUAGGUAACAUUGUCAUUCUGUUUAGCUGCGUACAGACCGGCCUAACGAACGCUCAACGACGGAUAUUUAUCAUACAUAAUACAGGGCAGAUUGCAGCAACGAAGGUCAACGAUACCCGUUCGUUUGGCCGGUCUGUACGCAGCUUAAAGAGAAUAAGGAGUCAGAUUUAUUUACUACUAAUACAUGCAAGUAGACUUUACUUUUCCUUCAGGUUUGAUAGUUUUCGUAAAGAAUUCAAACACGGGCUUGCGAUCUAUCACGUGAGUUUCUUGUACAGCGAAAAGCGAGUGGUUCGCUUGCGAGUCACCUCAGGCUACCCUUCGGGGAUUACAAUCGUGUGC